AUGAACAAUGACUCAAGUCUGACUAGAGAGUUUGACCACAGUCUGGCCACAAACAAUGACUCAAGUCUGACCAGAGAGUUUGACCACAGUCUGGCCAUGAACAAUGACUCAAGUCUGAUCAGAGAGUUGGACCACAGUCUGACCACAAACAAUGACUCAAGUCUGAACAGAGAGUUUGAACACAGUCAGACCACAAACAACGACUCAAGUCUGACCCGAGAGUUUGACCACAGUCUGGCCAUGAACAAUUACUCAAGUCUGAUCAGAGAGUUUGACCAGAGUCUGGCCACGACUAAUGACUCAAGUCUGACCAGAGAGUUUGACCACAGUCUGGCCAUGAACAAUGACUCAAGUCUGAUCAGAGAGUUGGACCACAGUCAGACCACAAACAAUGACUCAAGUCUGACCAGAAAGUUUGACCACAGUCUGGCCACAAACAAUGACUCAAGUCUGACCAGAGAGGUUGACCAGAGUCUGGCUGCAAACAAUUACUCAAGUCUGACCAGAGAGUUUGACCACAGUCAGACCAUGAACAAUGACUCAAGUCUGACCAGAGAGUUUGACCACAGUCUGGCCACAAACAAUGACUCAAUUCUGACCAGAGAGUUUGACCAGAGUCUGGCUGCAAACAAUGACUCAAGUCUGACCAAAGAGUUGGACCAGUCUGGCCAUGAACAAUGA